CAGAUGUUCAUUACCGUACAGUGCGAUUGUUGUUGUGCUUAUUAUUUUGUAGAUAAUAGUUUUAUUAUUACGUACAUUACACUUUUCCUCCGUACAAGGUUACUCUGUAAACGAGUCGUAACGUUUUAAUGAUGCUCAUAGCAUCAAAUAACUAGUGUUCAUAUAGUUUUUUAUUUUUAUUCGUAGUUGAACUCGUGAGUUCGUAAACUUUUUUAUUAUUUUUUUUGCGCAUGUUUAUUCCAAGUUUUAAUGAUGUCAGGUCCCUAUGAGGAGGCAAACGAGAUGAACACACUGAGUCAGGUCAUUGAUCAAGAGCAUAUGAUCAAAAUUACAUCGAAUUUCACAAGGUUGGGAGACAGAUGUUAUUUGGAAAAUGCGGGAGCCACGUUAUAUCCGCAAUGUUUACUGACUGCUGUACACGAAGACCUUGUGAAUAAUGUCUACAUGAACCCUCAUUCAGAUAAAUAUACAAAAGACUGCGUUGAACAAAUCCGCAGUAGCAUCCUUAAGCACUUCAAUACAGAUCCGAGUACCUACACAGUUGUAUUUACAGCAGGGACAACAUCCGCACUGAAACUAGUUGUCGAAUCUUUCCAAUUUUCUGAAGACGAUAUAGAUAAUGAGAGAAACAAUGGCUCAUUCGUAUAUUUGAGAGAUAACCACACAUCAGUGCUUGGCUUGAGAGAAAUUGCUUCUGACAAAUAUGCUGACAUUAUACACAUAUCACACGAAGACUUCUUAUUAGCUGUUAGUAAUGCCGGAAAGUCACAUUUAAAGAGAAAGGAUAAAUUCUUAAACAAGUAUGAUACCAACACAUUGCUGGUAUACCCUGCACAGAGUAAUUUCAAUGGAUUUAAGUACCCCAUUGAUUGUAUAGACCUCAUAAAAAAUGGAUGCCUUAACAGCCACUUAAAGAAACAAUUAUGUCAUAUCAAUAAUAACUGGUAUGUUCUUCUUGACGCAGCUUCAUUUGUGUCAACAAAUAGAUUAGAUCUGUCUGCAACCCAACCAGAUUUCGUUUGUCUCUCGUUCUACAAGAUAUUUGGGUACCCAACUGGAUUGGGGGCAAUUUUAAUUAAGAAUAGCAGUAGCGAUGUUCUGUGCCAAAAGAGAUAUUUUGGCGGUGGGACUGUUGAUUUUGUUUUAAGUACAGAAGAUAUGCAUGUGAAGAGGAAAGAUUUGUAUGAAAGGAUGGAGGAUGGCACGAUACCGUUUUUAUCAGUCCUUUCAUUAAAACAUUGUUUCGACACUAUGCACAAAUUAAUACCUAAAUCAAUAUACGAUGAUAUAAUGGAUACGGUAUCGUACCACACGUAUUUUUUAGCGAAAGACCUUUAUUUCCAACUGCACGAUUUGAAACAUACAAAUGGUAAUAAGGCAGCUGUUACAUACAUGGAUUCCAACUUUAGUGAUAUUAGAAAACAAGGUGGAAUCGUUACGUUUAAUCUUUUAAGAGAAGAUGGCUCCUAUAUUGGUUUUGUUGAGUUUCAACACAUGGCAGACUUAUUCAAUAUCAAUGUGCGAACGGGUUGUUUUUGCAAUUCCGGCUCUUGUCAACGUCAUCUAGUAGCUUCUAAUAAAGAAUUAAAAGAAAUGUACAAAUCUGGUCACGUAUGUGGUGACGAGAUUGAUCUCAUUGAUGGAAGACCGACUGGAGCUAUUAGAGCCUCAUUUGGAUACUUUAACACGUUCAAAGAUGUAGAUAAACUAAUACAUAUGAUAUGCCGAUGCUUCGUCAAAACGAAAAUGAAACCACCAAAACGAUACUUAUCAAUAAGCCAUAGAACAAUAUUAGAUGCAUUAAAAAGUAAUAAAUUAUACAACGGCAUAGCACAAGCACAGAAGAUAUGGAAUCAACACGAGUUCUUUUUCAAGAAAGAAUCAGAAGAUAUUCCACAUAAUAAUAAUAGCGACGCUAAAAUCACAUUAAAAGAAGUAGCCAUAUUUCCAAUCAAGUCAUGUGGUGCUUUUAAAAUUAAGUCUGCAUGGAAAAUAGGACCCAAAGGAUUUGAAUAUGAUAGGGACUGGAUGAUUAUAAAGGACAAUGGAGUAUGUUUAACACAGAAACACACGUCUAGAAUGUGUCUGAUAAAACCUAAAAUAGAUCUGCAGAGAAGAGUAAUGGUAUUAUGUUUUGAAGAUAAGACCCCAAUAUCAGUGCCAUUAGAUAUUACGUCCGACAAGAAAAUGAAGAAUUCAUCGCUAUGUCGUAGCAAAGUGUGUACAGACAUUAUCCAAGGUUACGACUGUGGUGAUGAAGUAGCAGACUGGAUAUCGGAAGCCUUAGAAAUAUCCUACUUGCGUCUUAUCAGACAAUCGAGUGACGACAAUAGAGUCCAAAAGAAGAAACAAAAUGGAGAGAAGAAACUGCUUUCUUUAAGUAACCAAGCUCAAUUCCUCUUGAUAAACAAGGCCACAGUUCGAUGGUUAAGGGAAAAGAUCCAGGAUCCUCAAUUCGUCGAUGAUGUGGACAGUUUGACUGACCGAUUUAGAGGAAACCUCGUCAUUGAUAUGGAGGAAGAACUUGCCGAACGAGAUUGGCACAGAGUCAUCAUUGGGAAUCAAGAGUUCAAGGUCGAAGGCCUCUGCCCAAGAUGUCAAAUGGUGUGCAUCGACCAACAAACAGGUGAAAAGACAGUAGAACCUCUUAGGACAAUAUCUGAACAGUUUGCAGGAAAGUUGCGAUUCGGUAUUUAUUUAAGUUAUGUAGGUGCAGCAGACAAUUCUAAAGACCGUUACCUAAAAAUACAUGCACCAGUAAAACCUAUAAUAAAUGAAGAUGAUAUAAGUAGGUGAAAUAUGUAGAUAAGUGUGUGGUUACAACAUUAUUAUAAUUUAAGAAAAUAUAUUUUCUUAUUUGGGGUUAAUGUAGGUGGUGGGGUUAGCUAAUUAGGUUUUCUGAAUUAUUUUUUUACGCGGUAAAUAUGGGAUUUACUUUAAAAUCUUGCCUUCUGGGGCUAUGAUCCGUAUCUCAUUAGGUUGACAUUAUUUUUAUGAUACAAUUAAAAAAUUGUAUCUACAUUAAAAUCAUGAAUUUUACUAUGAUUGCAUCUUAAUACAGGUGCACUCAGAAUUAUCUGUUAAAAAUUACUGUUAUAAAAAAUAAUUCGUUUAAAGACAAAAUUCUAACAGUAAAUAUAAUAUAUCCCACUAUAUUUGUACCUUAAUUGAAUAUGUUUAUAUAGGUAUCGUACAUAGGAGCAAUGCAAUAUUUGUCACGAUCAAUAAUAAUAAUCUUGUUUUAAUAAUUCUAAUAAGACCUUCAUGAGAUAUGGACUUGUCCUUUAAAACUUACUAAUUUACUAAAUUUUCUAAAUUUAUAGAUUUAAUGUAAAAAUAUAGUGUGCAGAAUAUUACGGCUGUGAUAUGUAAAUUACACAUAAUUAUGUAUCUAUGUAAAAAUUUUAAAUUCUUUCUAAAUCAUUUUACUAUAGUAUUUUACCUAUUUAGAAAAUAUUUAUAAUGUGAUAUCUAUUAUACCAAUAUUAGAGUAUUAAAAUACAACACCUUUUUACUGCCGCUGAAUUAGCCAAAAGAUCUUAUAUAGUAUAAGAUCUUAAUAAAUCAUAUUAAUGGCCGCACUCAGGGACAAAUAAUGAUUACUUAACCCAGUCCUUAGUAAUUGAUUUCAGUACAAAAACGUUACUAAGGAAUAGUUUAAGUAAUCAUUGAAUGUCUCUGAGUGCGGCAGUAAGUAACAAAUUCCUAUACACAGCAUUAGUGUGGGUAUAAAUUUUAAUGUUGCGAAUAAAUAAGCAGAUAGAGGCUGAAUCUUUAAUUGGUUUUUAUAAUCAAUAUAUUAGAGAUUAUAAUUGAAUGACAAUAAAAUUGCCAUGAAAUAGUCUGUGAAUGUAUUCUUAAAUUCAUUUAUAAUUCGAAUAAUAUUAAUUGGCUGCUACAUUCCAUUACGUUUUAAGUAGUGUAGACCAAAUUUAAAUAGAUUAAACCAUUCAAUACCAAAUUAUAAUUUGUUGUUUGAAAUUCAAAUGAAGUAACUAUAUUAUUUUUGUGAAUCUUUAAAAAAAUCUAUUUACAAAAAGAUCAGAGUUUAUUGGAAAAUAAUAUUUUUAUGUAUUGUAAUAUUUUUGUAAUAAGUAAAUAGAAAAAAAGAGUUGUUAUUUUCUCAUUUUAUAUUUUAAUAUAAUAUAAUAUAUAAGACUAGUUUAUAUUACAGUUGUUUACGAGUUGAAUAUAUUUUAUGAUAUUGCACAGUU